AUGUCAACGGUACGGCCAUACCUCGAUAUCAUGCCAAGAGGAACAAAUCUGCAUUUGCGGCGGGACAUAGGAAUUCUGACACAAAAUCAAAGCUUGAACCCCAGCAGCUCAGUCACUAAGAAAGCCAAGGCCAUUCUUGGAAGGGAGCAAAGACUCGAAAACCCAACAGCAACAGAAAUACUGGAUCACCUUAAGCAAAAGCUCAAGGCUAUGGCUAAAAAGCUCCGACGGUAUAAGGAAAGUAACACAAGACGUCAACACAAUAGUCAGUUUAGCAGGAGUGAAAGGAGCUUUUAA